AUGAAGACCUCACAGAGCACUCAAGAAAUCCAAUCUUCAAGUCAAGUUAUACAUGAUUCACAAGGUGAAGUCAAAAACCAAACUACCGAGGCUCCUGCAACAGAUUCAGCUUCUGUAUCCACUUCAGGCAAUGACAGUAAGAAAGUAUCACGUCAAGAUAUCGAACUUGUCCAGAAUCUAAUAGAGCGGUGUUUACAAUUAUAUAUGAAUAGAGAUGAGGUAGUUAAAACCCUCUUGACUCGCGCAAGGAUAGAUCCUGGAUUUACAACUUUGGUAUGGCAGAAGUUGGAAGAAGAAAAUGCGGACUUUUUCAGGGCUUAUUACAUAAGACUAAAACUGAAAAAACAAAUCCUCCUGUUCAAUCAUCUACUGGAGCAUCAUUAUCAUCUCUCAAAGUAUAAUCCCAUGUCUCCAAAGGUUCCUUUGGCCCCUAUACAAAAUGGGAUUCAUCCAAUGCCUGUUAACAACUUACCAAUGGGAUACCCUGUCCUUCAGCAACCUCCAAUGCCAGCAGCAGGUCAACCCCAUCUUGAUUCCAUGGGCUGUGGAAUAUCUAACUGUCAUGUAGUUAAUGGAGUACCUGCACCUAGCAACUUUCAUCCCAUGCGGAUGAAUUCUGGGAAUGAUAUGAUGAUGGACUGCAGUGGUGCUGAUGUGGUUCCUGUCAUUCCACCAAACAGUGCCAUGUCAUCCAUGUCAGAGAUUCCUGUAAGUCCUACAUCAGUUGCAUCCAGUGGUCACUUCCCAUUCUCCGCGUCAGACAUAUCAGGAAUUGGAGUAGACACAUCAACACUUGAUACAACAUUUACUUCUGAUGUGGCAAGUUCUGUUGGGUUGCAACUUGCACCUGAUGGCGGGGCUGGAAAUUCUCGGGAUUCUCUCAGAUCACUGGACCAGAUUCAGUGGAAUUUCAGCCUAUCAGAUCUUACAGCAGAUUUGUCAAACUUGGGAGAUUUAGGAGCCUUAGGAAACUAUCCUGGUUCCCCCUUUCUGCCGUCUGAUUCGGAAAUUUUACUUGACUCUCCAGAGCAAGAGGGUAUAGUGGAGGAGUUCUUUGUUGAUUCUGUCCCUGGGCCGCCGUGCUCUCAAUCAGACGAGGAGAAACCCUAA